AUGCUAAUUUCAGAAAAGAAAAAUUAUUACAAUAUUGCUCGUGAAGAUUUAGAAAAACUAAACGGGGAUAUUUCUGUGGAGGAAGAUAUAAAACUAUCUCAAGCUCAGAGGAAGAUAAAAGUCAUAUUUCGGAGAUUGAAAAGGGCAAGAAAAUUAAACCGAAUUCAUACUCUUGUUUACGCUUUCUAUCUUGGUGAAAUUCUGGAAAAUGCAUGUGUUAAAAAAAAAUACAAUAAUAAAGGUCCGUCAAGAUACUAUGCUGAAGUGUCAGUGAGAGUAUAUUAUCUUUUUCAGAAGGCUGGAGUUAAACGAAUUUAUCAAACGACCAAACUGACUUUAGCAAUGAUCUCCAAAUUGACAGCCGGAGAAUUUCAACAACUGGUAGAUGCCAAUAACGAUAACAACGAUGAUAGUGAAGACGAACAAUCUCAGGACAACGAUGACACUGUAGAAGAAUUAUCACAAAAUAAAGUUAUUGAAAAUGGACCAUUUCAAAAUACUGGCCUCACACAAAUUGCCACCAACCUUUCUCAAGACACUACGCAGCAACCAAUUUUAAUUACCGUCGAUCAACAUAACGAUAACUAUCAACUUAGUUUUCAUCCAAAUAUCGACUAUCAAUCGUUUCAAGGUUACUCUGGUUACUCUACUAUCGGUAGACAACUGCAGAAUGCUUUAGAAUUCUCUAAUAUUGUUGAUCAACAAAUCUCUAAUAUUACUGACGUUUCUCAAGACUAUACUACCGUUGAUCAACCGACUCAAAUUGGCACUAAUUCUAAUACUUUUCAACAUACGACAGCUGAUACUUUUCGACAUGCGACAGUUAAUACUUUUCGACACAAGGGACUUCAAUGCAGUAAAAGUGUUACGUAA